AAACAGCAGCCAGCUAAUUAAUUAAUAGGAUUGGGCCUAAAUGUAGUGUCCUAUAACGUGCCGGGGAAGCUGAGGGGAGGGUGGCGAGGUUGAGAGGUCGAGUUAUAAGACCGGAGGAUGGGAGGUGAAGGACGCUCACAAACGCUCAGACAAAAGACACAGUCAGGACACUGAGGAGACAACCUCAUCCAAUUCACCACAGACAUGGCAAAAGUCUACAAGAAGACCAGCGGCAACGAAUCAAUUGCUCUCUACCUGGGGAAGAGAGACUUUGUGGACCAUGUGGAGAGUGUUGACGUCGUCGAUGGGGUGAUCAAGGUGGACCCCGCUGAACUUGAAGGCAGGAAAGUAUGGGUGUAUCUGGCAUGCGCCUUCCGUUAUGGUAGUGACGACCUGGAUGUGAUCGGGCUGUCAUUCAGAAAAGACAUCUGGGUUAAAAGGAUUCAGAUCUACCCUGUUGUUGGCACCAAUCCAGCCAACACCCCCAUGCAGGAGGCCCUCCUGAAGAAAUGUGGGGACCAAGGCCAUCCCUUCACUUUCACUAUUGAUACCAACCUGCCAUGCUCAGUCGGCCUUCAGCCCGCACCAGAGGAUGCUGGCAAGUCUUGUGGUGUUGACUAUGAGGUGAAAGCAUACAUCGCCAAGGAGGCAGAUGACCCUGAUGAGAAAAUUAGCAAGAAGGACACUUGCCGUCUGAUCAUUCGUAAGAUCCAGUUUGCCCCAGGCAAAGUGGGUGCUGGACCAAAGGCUGACAUCAGCAAGAACUUCAUGAUGUCUGACAAGCCAGUCCACCUGGAGGCCUCCAUAGAGAAGGAGCUCUAUUUCCAUGGAGACCCAAUCCCUGUAAAUGUCAAAAUCAACAAUGAAACCACCAAAGUGGUGAAGAAAAUCAAAAUUACAGUUGAGCAGACAACAGAGGUGUUGCUUUACCAGUCUGAUAAAUAUUCCAAGAUGGUUCUUACUGAGGAAUUUGCGGAGGAAAUAAAAGGUGAAUCCACCCUGGAGAAGACGUUCACGGUGAUCCCUCUGCUGUCCAACAACAAAGAGAAACGUGGUCUGGCCGUGGACGGCAGACUAAAGGAUGAGGAUACCAACCUGGCUUCCACCACAAUCAUCCGUCCUGGCAUGGAUAAAGGAAUGCAGGGAAUCAUGGUCUCUUACAAAAUCAAGGUGAACCUCUUGGUCUCCAGCGGAGGCCUCUUGGGAGGCCUAACAGCCAGUGAUGUUGGAGUAGAACUCCCCUUGGUAUUGAUGUCCCCCAAACCCGCAGAUGUCCCAGUGGAGUAAAUGCCUCUGUAGUGCAGAACGGAUAUCAAAUUUGAGUAGAUUCCUCAACAGAAGAGGCAGAAGGGCAACAAGGAAGAGAAACCGCGACAGACAGCAGAUUCGGACACACUAUGGCCAACUGACGCCAGAGAAACUAAACACCAAUAGGAAAACACAGAACACCCGAGACUAUCAUAACAAUAUGCAUUCUUUUUACUCUCUUCCCACUGAGCACACAAUAGUUGAAUUAACGUUGUUCCCAUGUCAUUUCAACAAAAUGACUUUGAACCAACGUGAAAUGGACGUUCAAUUGACGUUUGUGCCCAAACCUUACUUCAACAUUAGAUCUAUUGAUAAGGGCACAUGCAUUCUACACCAAUCACACACACUGGGAUGUUGUCAUAUCCCAGUUAGACAAGGGAGCUCAGAAUCCCCUUUAACAAAGCACACAAAACAAAAUUCAUUACUAGCCACUAUAGGUCAACAUGUAAUUUCUAUAGUCUUAAAUGUUUGCCUUUUACAAGUGAACUCUGCAAUAAAGAAUAUAUAAUAACUUGUGCAACAAAUUCUAUCUCAAAAGGAACAAACUUGUUUUAGUAGCGUUUGUGUUAAAUGGAUGGAUGGGCAGCGGUAUGUUGGGACAAGACUGCAGGAACCUGAUUGGCCCACUCUUAUGACAACAAAAAUAUUAAAAGAUG